AGUGGCUUCCAUACUGUUGUGGUUUCACUGCGACCUAUAUGUGAUUUCAUAGGUGACAUGUUGACAUUUGACUUCUAAUAGGAAUCAUUCUGCGGUGUAAGGUGGCUCUUUUCAGUCGGCUGGUGUCGUCGGUGAAGAGCAGGGCUUUAAUGUCUGGUGCGGCCGGUGGAGGAGGAGGAGGAGGAGGUGGUGGUUCCUCCUGUUCGGGCGCAGCAGCCGCAGCCAGUUGCAGCUCCGCCGGCUCUCCCUACACCGCCGCAGCCGGAGGAGGCGCAGGGGUGGCCGGGAGGCUGCCAGCCCGGGUCCUGGAGCAUAUUUUCUCCUAUCUGGAGAUGUUCGACCUGAUGCGGUGCUCGUUGGUGUGCUGGCACUGGAACAAUAUCCUGGCGGAUGAAAACAGCGAGGUGUGGCGCAGUCUGUGUAACCGCUCUCUAAGCGAAGAAGCUAUGCGGUCUGACAUUCUGUGCAACCUGCCCACCUACAAGGGGAAACUCAAGGCUUAUCAACAUGCUCUGAGCUCCCACGACUGCUCCCGCAAUGUUUACGUGAAAAAGAAUGGUUUCACCUUGCACCGCAACCCCAUCGCCCAGAGCACAGACGGAGCACGUGGCAAGAUCGGCUUUACAGAGGGGCGACACGCUUGGGAGAUCUGGUGGGAAGGCCCCCUCGGUACUGUGGCAGUGAUAGGUAUUGCCACGAAGCGGGCGUCCAUGCAGUGCCAGGGCUAUGUGGCCCUGCUGGGCAGUGAUGACCAGAGCUGGGGCUGGAACCUGGUCGACAACAACCUGCUUCAUAACGGAGAGGUCAAUGGAAAUUUCCCACAGUGUAACAAUGCACCCAAAUAUCAGAUUGGAGAGAGAAUACGAGUAAUUCUCGACAUGGACGACAAGACGUUAGCCUUCGAGAGGGGUUUUGAGUUUCUUGGAGUAGCGUUUCGUGGACUGCCCAAAGCCUGCUUGUUCCCUGCUGUCUCCGCAGUGUAUGGAAACACUGAAGUCACCAUGGUGUACCUGGGGAAGCCUCUGGACGGCUAGAAGCAGGACAACCUGUGCCACUAAUUACAACUAACAGACCACUGGCGAGCGCAGGACUUUCCCUUUUGGCGUACUGCUGACCCUGUUUGUUGCUCUGUUUCAAAAGGAUUUGGAGGCCAAGUGGUCCCGUUUCUUCCAAGCAACCCUAUUUACAUUCAUACAGAGGACUGUUAACAUUUCUACUACAGCUCAACAUGAAUCCAGAGUCAAAGUUUUUUGGACAUUCUGGAUAUACUACAGGGAAAAGGAAUGUGUGCAGACUGCCAUAAACAUGUUUCUGUAUCAACGUGGAAGCAUCCACUUUUACAGUUUAGAUGCUGUACAGUUCCAUUUACAGGAAAGCGGGACAUAAUUUAAUUUCAUCCAAUUCAGACUCACAGUGCUGAACAUUUACCUGAGAUUUUAUGUCUGCUUGAAUAAGGCCAAAAUUAUUCUAAUGUGACAAAUACUUUAUGACAAUUUUAACAAGUGACGCAGUAGUCGUUAUCAAAGCUAGCUGUUGUAUGAGUUGACAAGAGUUAAAUUAUAAUCGGUGACUGGAUUAUUAAGGUUUUAUGCCAUAUCAGUAGAGAACAUGCCGACCAGCUGUCAUGCAUGUGCAUGGAUACUGGCGUAUAGACUGUAACAUCGGCCCUUUUAAAGUACUCAUCCAGUAAUGGUGGAAAAUAUACCUGUAUCAUGUUAAUGUGCGUCCUUUUUAAUGUGCUAUUGUAGUAUUACACACUAUUUAUUUCUUGGUUUUAUCUAUGGUACUAUAGAUACUGUAUGGUUAAAAGGCCUGAAAAUAAAGUCUACA